UCUCUCUCUCUCUCUCCCUCUGUUUUUUUCAUCUCGGUUCUCUUCGAAGCAGAUCUCAGCCGCCGGGAUACACGUCCAGCGAUGGCCGAUCAGCUCACGGAUGAUCAGAUCUCCGAGUUCAAGGAGGCUUUCAGUUUGUUCGACAAGGACGGAGACGCUGCUAAUGGAAACGAAGAAGAAAAGUAGAGAAGCUCACGGUUAUGCCGCCCGAGACUCCUCUGGCUUCCUUUCUCCUUUCUCCUUCACAAGAAGGUUGAACGAAGAUGAUGAUGUAACCAUCAAGAUUCUCUACUGUGGAAUCUGUCACAGCGACCUUCACUUAGCCAGAAAUGAGCUUGGCUUCUCUGUCUACCCUCUUGUUCCUGGUCACGAGAUCGUCGGAGAGGUGAUCGAAAUUGGAGCCAAUGUACAAACUUUCAAAGUCGGAGACAAAGCUGGCGUGGGCUGCAUAGUCGGCUCCUGCGGCAGCUGCGAUAGCUGCUUACAGAACCUCGAGUGCUACUGUAAAAAAUCCAUCUUGACUUACUCCAGCACCGACCGCGACGGAUCCAUCACCUACGGUGGAUAUUCCGACAUCAUCGUCGUUCAUCAGCGAUUCGUCUUCAACAUCCCUCAUUCCCUCCCUCUCCACUCAGCCGCCCCGCUCCUCUGCGCCGGCAUCAGCGUCUAUAGCCCCAUGCGCUUUUUCGGCCUCGACCGCCCUGGCCUCCACCUCGGCGUCGUCGGACUCGGCGGCCUCGGCCACCUUGCAGUCAAGUUCGCCAAGGCGAUGGAGAUGAGGGUGACUGUGAUCAGUACUUCGCCGCAUAAGCAGAAGGAGGCGAUUGAGCGGUUUGGUGCUGAUAAGUUUGUGAUCAGUACUAAUGAUGAGCAGAUGAAAGAGGUGAUGGGGAGUAUGGAUGGGAUAAUAGACACGGUUUCAGCGGCGCAUCCGAUGGAGCCAUUGAUGGAUUUGUUGAAGGUGCAGGGGAAGCUUGUGGUGGUCGGAGGAUCGCCGGAGCCGCUGCUGGUGCCCUCCAUUCCUCUACUAAUGGGAAGGAAGAUAGUGGCUGGUUCGAUCUGUGGAGGUACGAAAGAGACUCAGGAGAUGCUGAAUUUUGCUGCAGAAAACAAAAUAGAAGCUGAUGUGGAGAUUAUACCAAUGAGCUAUGUUAAUACAGCCAUGGAAAGGCUCUUCAAAGGGGACAUUAAAUACCGAUUUGUCAUCGAUCCUAUCAGCGUUUAAGGAAACGAUUUUUUCUUUCGUGUGAGUUAUUCA